UCGGCUCGAGAUAAGCAGCAGCAGCGGCAGCAGGCGAGCAGUGGCAGAUGGAUAGAUAGAAAGGACGAAGGCCGAGGUAAAUGAGAAAAAGUGUCGAGCUGUGCGGUGCUGCCGGAAUCCUGCCUUGGAAGCUGGUGGGUAUAUAAGAAAAGAUCCAGCACGCACUGCAAUUUGGUUCCUUUUCUGACGAGCUGCGCAGGGGACGAGAUCUGUAUAUAAGGCGAGGAGGCGAAGAGCGCGCAGCUGGUGGGUGGAGAGGAGGAGGAGGAGGGGAGGAAGGAGGAGGAGAAGAAGAAGAAGACGAAAGGAUUUGAGGGCAGUGAAGGAGAUGGGCAGCUACGAGCUGUACCGCAAAUCCUCCAUUGGCACGAGCCUGACUGACGCCUUGGACGAACUCGUCACUAACGGCACCAUCUCCCCUCUUCUAGCGGUAAAAGUGCUCAUGCAAUUUGACAAGUCCAUGAAUGAUGCGCUCCAGCAGAAGGUGAAGUCCAAGACAACGUUCAAGGGACAUUUACACACCUACAGGUUUUGUGAUAACGUGUGGACGUUCAUACUGGAAAACGCUGUGUUCAAGACAGACAAUGAACUCCAGCCUGUGGAUCGCGUAAAAAUUGUCGCAUGUGAUGCCAAAAUUAUAUCUCGCUAGAAAUCCAAUUGAAUUCUUCUACUCACCCAACUAGGCCUCUUGCUCUGGGGUGAGUGUAGCCCUUUCAUGCAUUUUUUGCACAAAGACGACACAGCACAGCGGAAGGUCCAAUUUUGUUCAUUACUCAACAUGCGGGAUCUGAACCCUUACAUGUCGACGAAGAUAGGUAAUUUGUCAGGGGUUUGUACAGUCGGUUAUGUUAUCAAGAAAGGAGAAUCUAGGCUAAGCUGAAUUGUCCAGCUUAAUACAGAUGCACAUAGAGAAAUUCCGGUAAAAACAGGCAAACACGGUUGCCCUGAUUUUUGUGAUCUACAGACUAUCGCAUCAAUCGAUUGUGUCGUUAUCGGAGUUGUUGCUAAUUUUGCGUCAAAUGAAAGCUCUGACUGCGGAUUUGUCGUCGGAAGUUCCA